CGCCGCGCUUGUUUCUCCUUGACGGUGACGACCACGACGACAAGUAGUUGAAUCUCAAACGAACGACGACGACGACACAACCAUGAAGACACCCUGCCCCUUGAGCCUGCUCACCCCUCUACUCUUCGUGCUCGUCUUUUUCCAAAGCUGUGCCGCGCGGCCGACGAGGUCUCUUAUCGUCCCGCGCAUCGAGGUCGAUCGCCAUGUCGAGUUCGACCAGAUCAUCCCCUCCAUCCUACACUGGUGGCGUGAGUCUGGCGCAGGUGCUUUCUCUAUCGCACGCCGUAGCUGAUGAAUGCGCCGAAUUUGCCUCACGUAACUCUUUUCUACAUUGGUAGACGGUGUCAAAGACAGCGCAACCACCUUCUGGCACGACUUUGGUCAUACCGUCAAGCCCGCGACAGACGCAGUCGGCAAGGAAUUCGACAAUUUCGCGCAUACAGUCCACGAUGCAGCGGACGCCGCCGCCAAAGCAAUCAAGGACAUUGAAGCGAAAUUCGCCGACUCGCGCGAGACGGUCGAGCGCCUCGUCAGUGCCGUGAAAGUGACGGUGAACGAUGCGGCGCAG